AUGGCCAUGUUUUUCUCCUCUCCGUCAUAUAUGCGAAGUGUAGUCAAAUGGAACGAAGAGCGCUUUGGGCGGACUUGGAGACUACGGGGAAUAUUGCUCCCUGUGGCUUCUCUGUGGGGAUUGGCGGCCGCCCACGACCUUUCUCAGCCAUGGAAGAAUUCAAUCAGUGUGUCCAAUCCUGCGGUGUUGGCUCGCACUACUUCGGACCACUCUCCUCUGAUUAUUAAGACGGGAGUAGACCUCUCUAGGUAUGGCCCUAGUCCUUUUCGUUUUCAGUAUAUGUGGACUGAUCACUCUGAUUUCUAUAGUUUUGUGGAGGGGGUUUGGAAGAGUGAGGGGUUUGGUUAUGGGUUAGUUAACCUUUCGUUUAAAUUGAAAAAGAUCAAGGUGGCUUUAAAAGAGUGGAACAAAAGGGUUUUUGGUAAAACUGACACAAUAAUAAAAGAAUUAGAGGACCGCAUUGAAACCUUGGAUUCCCGUCUUCAAGCCUCCUUUAACGAUGAGGAUGAUAAGGAACUCUUAAAGUCCAAGCUGGAUCUCUCAGCUUGGAGGGAAAGAGAGAAUACUAGGCUUGCUCAUCUGACCAAAAAGAGUUGGCUCAAAGAUGGGGAUCAGAACUCCAAAUUUUUUCAUGCGUUAUUGAAUGCCAAAAACCAGAGAAGAGUGCAGAACAUGUGUUUGUCAAAUGGGACUGUUUUAUCUACCCCUUUUGAAGUUCAUAAAGCUACAGUGGACUAUUUUCAAGAUUUGUUGGGUCAGUCGAGCACUAGUGUCUUACCGGACUUAAAUGACCUGAUCUCUCCAAUUAUUACUAAUGAGGAGAACCUGGCCAUUGGCAGAGUCCCUACCAUAGAGGAUGUUAAGGAUGCCCUCUUUACCAUUCCCAUUGAAAGUAGCCCCGAGCCUGAUGGCUUCGGCUCGGGUUUUUUCAGAUGCUAA